AUGACUCACGACCCUGUGCACAUAGCUGCUUUCUACUAUCAACUCAAAGACGUGUUACAGAACACCCCCAGCACAGAUACAGUUGUGGUGUUUGGAGACUUUAACGCCAGAGCCAACGCAACCAAGAUGUAUAACCAAGAGCCUCCUCGCCUCGGCCUUACCAUCCACACCAGAAAGACUAAGGUCAUGCUCCUACCUCAUCGACACACUGUUUACGCUGACCCUGAGCUGUCUCUUGACGGAAACCAACUUCAAGACUUCAAGCUGUGCACAGCUUUACCUACCUCGGCAGAACAGUCCAACAGCCUGGACAAAGAAGUGGAGAGGAGCAUCAGUGCAGCCACAACAGCCUGUGGGAAGCUCCAGUCUAAGAUCUGGAAGAAACAUUAUACCUGGCUAACAACCAAGUGCAAGGUAUAUCGUGCAGUGGUCCUCACCUGCCUUCUAUAUUCUUCUAAAACCUACAUCCUGUACCGACGCCACAAGAGACUCCAGCUCGUUUACAUGUAUCAGCUAAGACAUCUCCUCAAGAUCCACUGGCAAGACAGGAUUAGCGACGUGGAGGUAAGAAGACGAACAGGCAUCCCCAGUGUUGCUGCACUACUCAAGCAGAGCCGACUGCAGUGGAGCAGCCAUGUAGUCCGCAUGGAAGACUCGUGGCUUCCCAAGGCUGUAUUCUUUGUGGCAAACGAUGCUCCCACCAUGAACGACACAGUCGAAGUCGUCAUACUCCAAGAGAGAGAGGGGGUAGGGGGAGACAGAGACGUUCACUCCUAA